UACCGCUAUGAAAUUGUUCAUUUGUUCUCUUACGUUGCUUUAGCUCCUUCUGCCCACAGACCUUUAAUUUUUUAAUUCCCGCAGAGCGCAGCAGUAUUAAUUUUUUAUUUGUUAAUUGUUAAAAUAUUCAAACAUACUCAAGUGCAGAAAUUCCUGUACUACCCGAUUAGGUAGAACCAUGGCGAUAAGAUUGAUUUUUGCAAUUUAUUGUGUUGGAGUGGCGUUCUCGUUUCCGGCAUUCGAACCAAUGCAACCUAUGCAGCCGCUCAGUUUUCCGGCUUUCGGUUCGAUGAGUAUGAGCCAGAUGCAAAGCCAGGGGAAUACGCAAAAACAAAGCCAAACUAGCGGACAAAGCGCGGCAACUGGAGAUGCCGAAGCUGACUCUGGACAAAUUAGCAGUGCCCAAAACUCUAACACAUACACCGGUGCCAAUGGGACGACAUCCAUAGGCAGCAGUUUGGGUGGCUGCACUGGUGGCAACUGCAAAAUUGGGGGAGCCGCCCAGCUGACGGGCGGUGGGCAGUUUCAGUCCCAAGGCUCACUGGGGAGUGCUGCCAGCGCGGGUCAGAAACAAGGACAGUCGCAAACCGGAUUUAACACGGGCUUCUUCAAUAACUUCGGUGGCUUUGGAAACUUCAAGCCUUUUGGCGGGAGCACCGGAUCCGGAGCGGGCGCAACUAGCGGUGCAUUUACAGUGGGCGGUACCGGAUCAACGCAGACGGGAGCAGCUACAAACACCGGUACCGCUGGAACUGGAUCCAGCAGUGCCGGUGGGAGCGGUAGCGCGGGUUCUUCUGGUAGCAGCAAUGCAGCGGCUACUGGUUCGAAUGCCGGAAGUGCCAGCGCUAGCAAAGUGGGUGGAAGCGAACUCGACACCUCUAACACAGGAAGCACCGGUUAUCAGGCAUCGGGAAUACAGUCUGGGGCUGUAGGGGCCGGUUCUGCGGCUGGAAGCGGAAGUGGAUACGGUUAUGGUACCACGAGUGUGUAUGUCGCCCCCACAACCACUACGACUACGACGACAACGACGACACCAACAACCACCACUACCACAACCACUACAACUCCAACUACUACUACCACAACGACCACAACGACUGAGGCAAAGGCCAUGGGAUACGGUGCAGUUGCGCAACCCGUAGCGCCUGUAUAUGGCGGUGAGGCCAUUGUGGAAGCUACCUCGGCUUAUCCUGUUUAUACUUCUCCUUCCACCGCAGCCCCUGUUUAUGGAAGCGGUUCGCAAGUGAAUGUGGCCACAGAAGAAUACGUGGUCACCUCGCCGGUUACCGUGACCUUCGCUGCUAUAUACGGUAGCAACAAGGAAAUAACAACCCCCGCGUAUGCUGCACCCAGUCCCGCUUAUGGAAGUGUGGUGGAAGUUCCAACAACCGAAGCUCCUGUGCCAGUGUACGGUGCAGCUGUGCAAGAAAGUACAACAGUAUAUUACGCUCCUGCCACAACCGUCGCACCAGUUGUAAACGUGCCUUAUGGCGGCAGUGGAUCAAUGUCUACUGGCAUUGGCAGUGCAAGUCAGGUGGUGGGAUCAUCGGGUGCGGUCGUCGGCGCUGGUAACACCGGUCAACAGCAAGGUUCCUUCAAUGUUGGUAAUUUUGGAUCCGAAGGACAAGGAUCCACUGGAUAUACUAAUUCCGGAGCAAAUGCCGGCGGCAGUGCUGCAGCAGGAGCUGGCAGUCAAUCUAACAACGCUGCAGGGUCAGGAUCGGAUAUCAACGCUGGUCUAACGCAAACCAAUCAAGGAGCUGGCGCUGGUUAUGGAGGAGCCACCAGUAAUACUAAUCAAGCGAUAGUAACCGGAUCUGGAAGCGAAGCAGGUACUGGUGUGGUCAAUGCAGCUGCUAAUCAGGCUACGGGUAGUGGAUACGGAGGAAUUGCUAGCAAUGCAAACCAAGCGGCCGGCGGAGCGGUAUCUGGUGCUAAUGCUGGCAUGACAGCAACUAAUCAAGCGGCGGGAACGGGAUACGGAACUGGAGCAGCGACUACCAAUCAAGGUACAGGCACCGCCUACACCGGCGGGAAUGGUGCUACCAAUACCAAUCAAGCCGCGGGGACAGGAUACGGUAACACAGCAGAUGUAACGAUUGCAGCCGCCAAUCAGGGAACGAGUGGGGCAUAUGGAUCUGGAACCGGAACGGGCACAGCUAACACAAACCAAGCGGGCGCUGGAUACGGAAGCGGCGCAGCCAAUAAUGCGUUCCAGUCCUUCAGUAAUCAACUGCAAAAUAAUGCAGCAAAACGUGAUCACCAACAUCAGUCACAAUUCCAAAUUGGUGGUGCUUCAACGGGACAAGGAACUGCCGAUGAAGGUAGUGUCUCAUCCGCUCAAAAUACCCUGGGAGCUACAAACAAUCAAACUGGCCAAGUCAGCUCCGUCAGUAUGGGAAAGGGUGAAGGAAAAGGACUGAACGUACAGGGCGCUGUGCAAGCCAAAGCACAAGGACAGAGUCAAAGCCAGGAUUCGGAGGAGAAUGCUUCUCAGGACACACAGAUUAUGACGUUGGCUAACGGCGAGAAAUGCAUUAAAAAAGGCACAAAUAACGCCUUCCGCAGUAGUAGUAAAGGUCAGAAACAGAGCCAGUCGCAAGGAGAAGGGGCUGCACAGGGAACCGGCACUGCGGGUGAGGGUACAGCGGAGUCCAAUCAGAGCUCAAACGUGAAUACGUCCGACAAGGGGACCAAUGUUGCCUCCAUGAGUGUGGGGAGUGCGACCGGAAGCAAGAUUCAUGCCGGUGGUUCCGCAGUGGCAGGUGGUCAGAGUGCCCUGCAGUCUCAAAAAGCCAAAACCCUAACGGGUUCAACGGUCUUGAAUCUCCAGGAAUGCCCGUAACUUGGACAUUAGCCCUAAUACUUUAUGAUUUGUGAUACAACUACUGAGCGGUAGCAAAUGUGGCUGCAACUUUAUUUAAAUGUUUUUUUUUGUUGGUACAGUGAUUCACUGCUUGUUAAAACUGCCGAUGUGAGCAGUAGUGCAUUCGGAGUGCUG